GAGAGACAACGAGACUGCUGGCGAUUAAUGGGCUCAGCUGAUAACCCUCUGUGCCUUUACAUUUUGUAUUAGGCUGUUUCACUGCAAUCUUCGAAAUUUGAAAAAUAGGGACUUUUCUAAGAGAACAGACAUCCUGCCAGCUAAAAUUAUGUUAAUCAUAGGCCUACGGAGCAUCUGCAGCACCUCAGUAUGAGCGACGGUCAGAAUCCCACCAGAGCCAAGCUGAAUGAAAUGGACAGUUCUGUGGGCUAUUGACGAGUAGGCUAUCUGACGCGAUCCUCCAAUCGCAAUAUGAGCGAGGGUGAGCAUUCCGCCAGGGCGACGGUGGAUGAACUCGAUAGCUCUGCCGAGGUCCUUGAGGAGCAUUUCAUGGAACACCUACCAUCGUCAGAUAUCAAUAUGAGCGACGGCGAGAAUUCCGCGGUAGGCCUACAGAAGCUAGAGGAACAGGAAGGCUCUGUCGAUAAAGACCUUGACGAGCAAUUAGUGGAACACCUAGGAGCUUCAGAUCGCAACAGGCCUAUGUGUGAUGGCGAGAAAUUUGACAGGGCCAAGCUGGAGGAACAAGACAGCUCUGUCAACAAAGACCGUGACGAGCAUUUCAUGGCACAUAGGCCUAUGGCAGCCUCAGCCCGCAAUAUGAGCGAGAGUGUGAAUUUCAAAGGAGCGAAGCUGCUGGAUGAACUGGAUAGCUGCUCUGACGACGAGAUUGACGAGAUAUUAGAGGCGAUAGAGGCGGAGAUAAGGCGCUUGCAAGAUCCUCUUAAGUGGCAGAAGGAAGACCCGGGAAUCAAUGAGGAGGAGGAGAUGGAGCUCGUUCCCGUCAGAGCGAAGCUGGAGCAACUGGAUAGCCCUGUGCUUGAUGAACAUGUCAAUGUGCUUGAGCUGGAGGUGGAGAAGAGGACAGAUCUUCUGGAGGAGGAGGAGGAGGAGGAGGAGGAGAGGGAACUUGAUCCCGUCAGAGCAAAUCUGGAGUGGGAUAGCCCUGGGCUUCAUGGACAUUUCAGUGCACUGGAGCUGGAGGUGGAGAGGAGGAAAGAUCUUCUGGAGGAGGAGCAGGAGGAAGAUCUGGAGAGCGAGGGGGAGGAGGAGGAGGAGGAGCCAGAUCCCUUCAGAGAGAAGCAAGAGCUUCUGGAGGAGAAGGAGGAUGAAGAUGAUCAGAGGAUCCUUGAGGAGCCUCUAGAGGAGCAGAAGGAAGAUCAGGUGAUCAUUGAGGAGGAGAGGGAGCCCAAUCCCGUUAGAGCGAAGCCGACGGAACUGCAUAGCCCUGUGCUUGAUGAACAUUUCAAUGCGCUGGAGGCGGAGAGAAGGCACUUACAAGAUCUUCUGGAUGAGAAGGAGGAUGAACACGAUCGGAGGCAGCUUGAGGAGGAUAUGGAGCAUCAUCACAAACUAGCAGAGAUUAAGAUGAAGAUUAGUGAGAAGAAGACGAAGACGAAGAUGAAGAUUCCGGAGUGCAAGGCUGCGAUGGCAUGUAUGGCGGUUAGGAGCAAGAAGAUGAGGAAAGAACUGAAGAUAAAACUGGGUGUUCGCCUCACCCCUGCCCUCCCUGCAUAUGAAUGGCUAGAUGAGCGGAUCAGGAUUGCUAAACUGAAAGAACUGGGGAAAGCCCUUCUGGGGUCAAAGAGUGCUGAGAUUGAGAGGAUGAUAUGUCAGAAAUGUAGACAUGGUUAUGGUGGUCAGAUAGCCCACCAGAAGACCCAGGAAGAGGCCCAGAUGGAGGCCCAAGAGAAGGAGGAGGAGGCUGGGAAGGCAGGAGGAGAGACACUGGAGGCGGACAGGACAAGAGCAGUAGCAGCAGCAGCCGAAAAGCAGGAUGUUUAAAGUUAGAGUACGCCAA